GGGAGGGGGAGGAGGGAGGGAGAGGUGCACUCAGACUGGGAGGCUGUGGUUUGGAUCGUCAGGGAGGGAUCUGUCGGUAUUUUCUCUUUUUUUCUUCCUGGCCGGUUUUUCUGAAGGCAUGUUGAUAAUCGGCUCAGUAAUGAGGAGAGGUACUGAACGGCUCCCACAUAUCUGACCCCGAUUCCUGCAUGGAGUAGAGAGAGAGAGAGAGAGAGAGAGAGAGAGAGAGAGAGAGAGAGAGAGAGAGAGAGAGGGCCAUGUGAAAGAGGGGUGGAGGGCAGCUGAGAUUUAGUGCCUGCUGGAUGAAACAACCCCCCACCAACCCACCGAGAGGGAAAGUAGUCUAAUAGGAAGAAAAGAGGGGGGGGGGGUGUUCUCCUUCCUGUCUUCAUUAAACUCUCAAAGACACGCAGGAAGUCUUUAUGGUUCCCAACAAUGAGAUCAGAAAAGGAGAUUUGUGUUGACUCUAAAGCGUAGGACUCUGAACAACAACGACGACAACUGGAGGAAGAGACAAUACUAACGCACAAGGUGUCAGAACGAGCGCGAGAGAAGAAAAAUGUCUCGAACUGAAGAGGUGAACAAGAUGACGGAAAAUGUGUACAAGGGGAUUUUGGACCAGUUCAACCCCAGUCUGAAGAACUUUGUGACGAUGGGGAAACACUAUGAAAAGGCCCUGACAGGAGUAACGUUGGCUGCCAAGGGGUACUUUGACGCCCUGGUGAAACUUGGUGAACUCGCGAGCGACAGCCAAGGCUCCAAAGAGCUGGGGGACACGCUGUUUCAGAUGGCCGAGGUGCACAGACAGAUUCAGGUGCAGCUGGAGGACGUGUUGAAACUGUUUCACUCUGAGCUGCUUUCCCAGUUGGAGCAUAAGCUGGAGCUGGACAUCAAGUAUCUCACAGCCACUUUGAAGAAGUACCAGAGUGAGCGCAGGUCGAAAUCGGAGUCCAUCGAGCGCUGCCAGUCUCAGCUCAAGAAGCUCCGCAGGAAGAGCCAGGCCAGCCGCCACCCCAACAAAUACGGAGACAGAGAGAUGCAGUUUGUGGAGCUAAUGAGUCGUCGCCAAGGCGAGCUGGACACGAUGGUCGCCGCGGGUUACAAGUCAGCGCUCACCGAGGAGCGGAGGCGAUAUUGUUUCCUGGUGGACCGACAGUGUUGUGUCACCAAGCUGCUCAUCAACUACCACUCCAAGGUGAGAGAGCUUCUUUCUCAGAAACUGUCGUCCUGGCAGCAGUCGUGUUUGCAGCCGACCAAACUCCCGGAACGUGCUCUGAACCUGCUGCGUCACACCGCGCCUCAAAGCCCAGGGGCUGCUGGGAUAGCCGAGGUCCUCCGCCACGCCAAGCUGGGCUCUGCUCCGCCAGAACAGAGGCUUUCUGUUCAGGAGGUCCCUCCUCUGUUGAACGGAGACUCAAGUCGCUCACAGCAGCAGCAGCAGCGCUCGCUCCCCUCCUCCUCCCAGAGUGACACGCUUCCUCCUCAGGGCUCCCCCCAGACGUUUCGCUCUGCACCAUCCACAGGAGGAGCUGCUGGAGGUUCAUCUCGUGGAGCUUCACCUCAGCACACCAGUGCAUCGGUCAGCCCCCUCCCCGACAGCAGCACCAGCAGCAGCGCCAGCCCGGCCACAUCUACUCCCACCACGUCCAGUGGCUCGGCCCAGCAGGGCUCCCUCCUCCUCUCCACCAACACGUACAACCUCUCCCCGAGCCUCAUCCCCUCCACGGUGAUGUCACUCAGCCAGAUCUCACCAGCCGGCAGCUCAUUGCAUGGCAUGACCCUCCCCAUCCCGCACAGCGCCCCACACAGCCCUCCGCUGCCUCACAGUGCUCCUCUCUCCAGGGCCAUGACUCCUGUGCAGCUGCUGCACCAACAGGUGGGACCAGCAGGGAGCAACACCUCAUCACCAUCACAUAAUCCCUGGCUGCUGAAGGCUGGAGACAUGUGUGCCACAGCAACACUUCCACUGCCGAGAAGACCUGUCAGUGAAAUGAGGCUGGGCGGCUUUCAGGGCUCCAGUCUCCCCAGGAUGCUGCCGUUAUCUGGACCUACACGUGUGGAAGCCAUGUUUGCCCAUGGUCCUGGAGCAUCAGAGGCUGGUGGAGGAGGGGGCGGAGCUUGCUUACUGCACUUCCUGCCUGGUGACGACAUCACCCUGCUCAUCUCUGAGCCCAGAGACGGAUGGCACUACGGUCAAAAUGAACGGACUGGACGGAAAGGCUGGUUCCCUUUCUCCUACACUCAGCCACACCACAGCAAGCUCGAUCACCUGGAGAGCUCCCUGUUCUUAUCUAAAGCUAACAGCAACAGCACCGGUCAGCUCGACAAGCUGGUGUCUCCGGGUCUCCCAGCCCUCACCCCCGAGUCAGAGGAGGAGCGCGCCCUUCCUCCCCAGAGGGUCAGCACCUUCCGCCCGCGCCCGUACAGCAUGGCCGACAGCAGCAAGAUCACCUCAGAAUUGGCCUCUUCAUCAGCCCACCCAAGGCCCAAUCCCUUCGCCCACAUACGACUUAGAAAAACAGUCACCAACGAUCGCUCAGCUCCCAUCAUUGAGUGAGUGUUUGAUUCCCUCACAGCAGCGAUCCCGUUUUGUGAGGCUGACGACAGAGAACCAGCUCAGUCCUGCAAGCAGCUCAUUGGUUCAUGUUGACUCUUAGUAUUUUACUUUACUGGAUGUUCUUUCAUUGCAAUUUAAUCAAAUACAGAAAUUAUAAAAGGUUCAUCUGUAAAGGCUGAGCUGUUAUAAAAAUGUUGGCUGUCCACUCACUGUUAAAGUAUUUAAUAGGAGAAAAUAGAAACAAGACUACUGUGAUAUCUGAAAGUUCUGUUAAAAUUAAAAUUAAAUACAAAAUGUGGGCAUUAAAACUAAAUCUAGACUAGUUUUUAUCAGACAGAAGUUGGCUGUAUUUAGCUUGUAUCUGAAUCUCGCUCGUUCAGAAUAACUAACACGAUAAGCUUUGUUUCAGCCUGUGAAGCCUCUUCUGUCUUUUACUGUUAUACAAGGAAAUUGUAUUUAACGUUUAAUGUUGUUUUUGUGCCAUAUAUUCAACAGUCUUCUUCGUUCAGCUGAUCUAGGGACUGGCUCCUAAUAGCAGGUUAACUUUCACCUGGACUGUAAUGAAGUGUUACGGGACGAGGACAGGCUCCUACUCUAUUACAAUAUUAUAUAUUUUUAGAGAAGAUGCCAGAUUGUUAAAUUCUCUUCAACUUUUCUUUUUUAAACUAUUAUUUUUUGGCUGAGAGAGACUAUUAAAAUGAAAAAUGGCACAGUUAGUUAUUUUUCGUGUCAUAUUUACUUUAAAAUGACUGAACAAGGGGAAUGCUGUUUGAGUGUACAACUCCCUGUGUUAAUGACAUUUAACACGACACAUUGUGCUGCUGUAAAGUUACAUAUUAGUAUUUUAUGAAUGUAGAUUUUUGGAUUAAUUUACCUCUUUGCCUGAACUCAAAAUACAAUAUAAAAAAUACUCUACCUUGAAUGUGAUGAUUUAUAUUACUAAGCUAAUCAUUUCCCAGUGUAAACACUGAAUUAAUUACUGACAAAUUUACUUAUUUAACACAGAACAAUACAACAUACAAAAUAAAGAAAGAGAAAAGCUUCACAGACUCAAACUGUGACUGCUGAUAGUUGAACAAUUGGAUGGUGUUAUUAUUGAAAGAAGAUUUUUUCUUUAAGAAAGUAGUUGUGGAUGGUUCAAAGUUAAGUAUGAGAAAUUUGCCUGCCUAGUCUUUGGAUUUAAUGUCUUCUCGGUUCAUUUUCAGUCCCAAAUCUAAAGCUAUUCAAAAUCUUAACAAGUGGAGCUUAGUCAUAUGUUUACCGACUAUCAGACUGAGCCGAAUCUUUAAGAGAGAUGUGAAAGCCAAGACGAGACGAUAGGACUUUUUAUUUGGGGAAACGAAACUAUGAAAGUGAUGAAGAAGGAAAAGGGGAAGUUGACCAAUGUCAGAGCAAGUGUUCAUGGUAAACUAGAGAUAUCCAAAACAUCCUGUAGCUCUGUAGUCGCCUCUUGCAAAGGGGUGAACUUUUGUGUCAGUGAAAACUGAAACGCUUGUUUUUGUUUUGUUAACUGCUUUGAGUUGAUGUGAUAUUUUAGCACCUUUACGAUUCAGAAGAUUCACCCAAGAGGUGUUUGUAGAAAAUCAUUUCUAACAUCAGAUGUAUUUGCUUUGAGUAGAAUGGCAUCGUUAAUAAAGAUGACAGAUAGAGCUAAUGCUUAUUCCUGCUUGUAAAUAGAGCUCAAAACAUGUGAUUGUAUGACUUUUAUUUGAUUUCUUUUUGUCACGGUAUUUCACUUUGGUGGAACAUUUUGAGUUUGUAGAAGCUGCAGAAGUGGAGAAAUUCCAGCAAUGAAAACUGUGUGUGGAAUAAAAUGAAAACUUGCCCUUGGUAAUGCAGUAAGAAAUAUUAGUCUGUAGAGUAUAUUUUAAAAGGUGCAAAAUUGGGUUGUUUAAUUUAUCUGGACAAAUAACAUAAUAUACAGUUUAUGCAUGAUAUAAUUAUAUUGGAAGUGUGAAAUGUGGCAUAAAAACUACACAGGGCAGGUUUAUCGAAAUAUAAAUGUCAACGAGAAUUUUCCAUCAACAGUUACUGUAUGUGGGCACAGCUAAAGAAUGUGUAGGUGUCUCAUCAGCAGAUUAUUGAUGCACAAAAUACACAUGAUGCUGCUUCUUUGCAGGAAAACUGUCUAUAACAACAGGAAUUUAUCCAAAGUUCAAAACUCUUCUACCAAAGUGAAAUAUUGUUUUGACAUAGCGCAAGACCUUGGGUCUGUAAAAACUAAAUGCAACGUAAACAGGCGGUUUUCUGAAUCGCAUCAACGUGAAAUCAUGAUGACUACAGGAGAUAUUUUAUUUUAAUGGUGGAUAUUACUGAGACAUUCUUUACCUGGUAUACUGAAUAUUGACAGGUUGUGAAAUAAAAGCUCUAUGAAAGAAAA